ACCGAGCUGACAAGGUUGUGCCAAUCAAUCAAGCAUUUUUAAGCCUAGUCAGCAGUGUUUUGAAUGCUUGUCCGAUGAUCAUCCGCCUUAUCUUGGGUUUUAGUGCUUGUACACGUGUUGCGCUGAUGGACCAUACUCCGAAAGUGGACAACAGGAGCAUUCGCAGGAUUUACUCAGCCACUGCGAUGCGUGGACUGACCAUACAGCCGCUACUGUUUGCUCGUAUUGCAAGUUAGGGCCUGACGAUGGAAGCUGUGUAAUGAGGAGACAAGAUCCUAGAAGGCAGUGCCUUUGUAGACUUCUUAAGACACGGUCUCGGACACCGUCGAUCUCAUCUCUUUCCACAAUUACACCCUCUUUACUUGCAAACCAUGGCUCAACUCAUCAGCGGCAUCGUUGAAACCAUCGGAGGAGGCAUUGGCCUUGCAUCAGAAUCCUACAAGGCCCACAAGGCGAAUAAGAUACGGCUGCAGCCGGACGAGGCAUCACAGCAGCCUGAGCCUUCCCCUGGUCGCGAGAGACCAGCCAAUGAGUUUGAAGAAGAAGCAUGGGAACUCGACGAAGCUCAAGACGAACUCGUCGGCAUCCCAAGAAAUAGAGAAGCAGAUGAGCCAGCCGAUCCCGCAACUUUCGCAGAAACAUUCAUCUCCCGACUCCCACCAUACUCAUUUGAAGAUCUUCCAGCUUCACAAGAGAAGCUGCCCUUUCCCAUCAUCAUUCCUCAACGCAGACCGACCGAUCGCAGCCGUGGUGUGGUCAGAGCAUACCCCCCCAUUCUCUCAGACCGUGGUAUCGAUCAAGCCACCUUCAUCGACUUCAUCGAGACCUUCAAUAAGUCGACACAAGCUUCAAAAUGGAUAGCUGCACUGAAUCUCGCAUCCAUCGGCACAAUCUGGCUGCCUACUGUCACCUCAAUCCUGGUCUCAAUGGCCAUCACCGCAGUCACGACAGCAGCCAUGGAAGUGCAAGGUCGCUACAAGACGAACACUUUCUUAGACAAGAUCAAUAAGGACUUCUUCAUGCCGAGAGGGCUUUUCUGCCUAGUCUUGACUUGGAAUCCGGACAAUGCUGAUGCGAGGACUACCGUCGGCUUCAACAACAUCGCGGCAAAAGCGAUGAGUGGGGACAAUGAGCAAUUCAUGUCCUCUCUUCGCAAGUCCAAUGGCAAGACCUAUGGAGAGUUUCAGUGGCCAGAAGUGGCGCCACUGAUCUAUCCCGGUCUCGACGUUCUCGCCGCGACCUCAGAUGAAGAAGGCCGAAAAAAGAAGUCUUCCUUGAAGACCAAGCGAGGCUUUGUUGAGGACUACAUGGACAGAAGAGCUCAAGCCAAGUUUGCAAUGAAGAAUCCUGAUAGCACUCUUACUGCUGGACCGAAGCCAAAGUUUUCCUCUCGCUUCGCUGACCCGAGUCAUCCAGUCAACAGCGGCUCGCUGGUAGCACUGAUCUCAGGUGGGGCGAUUCAGCUGCCCGAACGAACUAUGGGUGGCCGUGGCGGACAAAGAUUUGGCAGCGGAAGCAUGAUUUCCACACGGUUCGACCGCGAUUUUGGUGGUAGGUUCGACAGGGGUUCAAGUAGAGUCCUGAGAAGAAGGUUCGAUGAAGUUGACCAGGACGACACUGUCGGUACGGGUCUCAGCAAUGGGGCCGCGAGUAGCAGCAGAGUCGCGCGAGGUGGACUCGGUGGCAUACGUGGUGGUAGGGGAGGAGCUAAUUCAGGACCUCUGGGUCUUGUGCAGAAGGUCAUGAAGAAGGACGUCCUGUACCUCCUCAUUGUUGACAUGCCGACAGACGAGGAACUGGCGGCAGCACAGACCAUCUCGUCAGAAUUGCUCACUGGUCAGAGGUCAUAUUGACAGACAAGUGACCUGUGUAACUACCACGCUCUUUGCGACUUUGAACAAAUUUUGAAGACCAAAAAGGGACGGUGCCAUAAGGCAGCAUGGUUCGGCUUGAAGUAUCUAGCGCGUCAGUAGACAAAUAGACCUACGGUAUACAUUCUGACCUAGGCGUGUCUGCUGCGGUGG